CUCUUUUCACUUUUUCAAUAGAAGAAACUUUGUAAAACCCUGUUUCUCCAUAAUUAAGGAGCUGGAAUUCAUUCUUCAUCAAACAAACCCUAAAUAUUUCAGAACUUCACCAAUUGAUUGGAUUUUAAGUUUCUAACAAACCCUUCAAAAUUAAUAUUUGAAGCCGGGAAGUUUGUCAAUUGAUUGAAGUAAUGGCUUUUCAUGGAGGUACUCUCAAGUCGACCUCCAUUAAUGGCGUCAAAGUUUAUUCUUUGACUGGUCAACACCGUUCUUUAGCCUCUUGGCUUAACCCUAAGAAGCAGCGUGCUCUUAGGAAAGAUAAAGAUUAUAUGCGAAGAGUAGAAUUAAUCCAGGACUUGAGAUUUGAAACCGCAACCACGAAAAUCAAGGCCACACCCGAUGGAGAAUUUGUUAUUGCUUCAGGUAUCUACCCCCCACAAGUUAAGGUGUACGAAUUAAGGGAACUUUCCUUGAAGUUUGAAAGACAUUUGGAUUCUGAAAUAGUUGAUUUCCAGGUCUUGUCUGAUGAUUACUCAAAGCUUGCAUUUCUCUGUGCGAAUCGAACAGUCAAUCUACAUGCAAAGUAUGGGAGUCACUACAGUUUGAGGAUUCCUAGGCCAGGACGAGAUAUGGCAUAUGAUUGCUGGUCUUGUGAUUUGCUCUGUGCUGCCUCUUCGCCAGAUCUUUACCGAAUAAAUUUAGCACAGGGUCGAUUUCUUGCCUCUCUCCCUACUAAGUCCCCUGGACUAAAUGUAGUAUCUAGAAGCAAGCUUCAUGGAUUAGUAGCCUGCGGUGGUGAGGAUGGGGCUGUGGAAUGCUUCGACAUGAGAACAAGAUCAUCAAUUGGUAGAGUUGAUGCUGUCCCAUCUGCUGAUGAAGAGGUAACUGCAAUCGAGUUUGAUGAGGAUCGAGGCUUCCAGAUGGCUGUAGGAAGCAGCGGAGGGACGGUUAUGAUCUUCGAUUUGCGAUCAUCGAAUCCUAUCCGGGUUAAGGAUCAUAUGUAUGGAAGCCCAAUUUUGGAUAUCAAAUGGCAUCAAACUUUGAAUUCUCAGCAUUCUAAGUUGAUCACCACAGAUAGUCAUAUAGUCAGGUUCUGGGAUCCUGAGACGGGUGAAGGGAUGACGAGUAUUGAGCCAACAGGUGGCGCAAUUAAUGAUAUAUGUGUAUUCCGUGAAAGUGGUCUGAUCUUAUUGGGUCUAGACUCUAGCCAGAUACCCUCUUACUUUAUUCCUGCGCUUGGGCCCUCUCCCAAGUGGUGUUCAUAUUUGGAAAACUUAACGGAAGAGCUGGAAGAGAAUCCCGAGACAACUAUAUAUGAUGAUUACAAGUUUUUGACCAAAGAAGACCUUGAGAGACUUAACCUGACAAACUUAAUCGGAACCAAUCUUCUUGUUGCUACUUUGCACGGAUAUUUCAUAAAUCAUAAGUUAUAUAAAAAGGCAAAAUCCAUAGCAGAUCCAUUUGACUACGAUGCCUACAUUGAGAAGCAGAAGAAGGAGAAACUAGAGAAGUUGCAACGUGAACGUAUAACGAUUAAAAGGAGGUUGCCAAAGGUUAAUCGUGGUCUGGCUAACGCUAUUCUUGAGAAUGAAGAAGCUGCAAAUGACGAGGAUGCUGAUCGAAAGAAAACCUCGAAGAAAAAGAAGGGAUUGAGCAGUGAUAUUCUUAAAGACGAGAGAUUUGCAGACAUGUUUCAGAAACCAGAAUUUGAAAUUGAUGAGAACUCUGAGGACUAUUUGGCUCUUCAUCCUGUCGCUUCUCAAAAGGGGGCUAAUUUGGUGGAUGAGCAUUUCGAGCCUGUUAUGGAGGAGGAUGAGAUGAGUUUAAGUGAUGCUGAUGUUUUCUCCGCUUCUGAAGAUGAAGAACGAAUGCGAGUUCCUAGGCUAUAUGAAGUAAAGGAUGAAAGGCACGCACAAGCAUUCUUGGAGAGCGUGUCGCUUACCAACGAGGAUGCUCUUCCUUUAGGAGAAAGAGUGGCCGCUUUACAAGAUGUAGAAGCCGGUUCGCAUCUACCUGCUGGUGUUAAGUUGGGUCCCGGUGGGUCACGAGAAAUUUCCUUUGUUUCUAAAAAGAAAGGGAAGUAUCAAGAAGAUGACGAAGAUAGAGAAAAUCGGCGUAACAAGAGGGGUGUUCAGUCAUUAGGGCUUAAACCUACAAAUUAUGAGAGGAGUCGAGGAAGAGGUCGAGGUAACCGUGGGCGAGGCAGAGGUCGAGGUCGACAUUGAGGUUAUCGGAAGUCAUCGAGGUAGAAUUUUUGGCGCUUCCUUCUACCUUGUAAUAUCUGAUUUUAGAUUCCUUUUCAUCUAUUGUAAAAUUUAGUCUAAUAAUAUUUAUGUUCUAUUUCAAAAUUGAAAAAAAAUAAUUGAUCAUGGAAAUUUUAUCAGGUUUUUGUAGUUAUUUUUUUUGUGAACUUUAAUUCUAGUAAUUAGAUCAUGUUAAAGUUGAUUGAGAUUGUGUUGGAUUAGUUUUGGGUCCAAUAUCUAAUAUCAUAUCGUAAUUUUAAUUUAAGUUAUAAA